GUCCGCUAGGCUAGACUACGAUCCAUAUCCGACAGGAUAUAAUUUCUUUUUCAUGUCGUAAAGCAUUGAAUACAGUUGUAAAUUACUGGUUCAGCGCUGAUCAGUAAGAUUAUUCUCGACCAGUAUUUGAAAUUGAAUUUUUAAAAUGGCUUCAUUAAAAGAAACAAAUCCAGAGAAACCCGGACACGAGUCUGCUCCAAUUCAUCGAAUUCGUAUUACAUUGACAUCACGUAAUGUACGAUCAUUGGAAAAAGUGUGUGCCGAUUUAAUAUCUGGAUCAAAGAAACAAAAGCUACGUGUUAAGGGACCAGUACGUAUGCCAACAAAAACUCUACGUAUUACAACACGUAAAACACCUUGUGGUGAAGGUUCAAAAACAUGGGAUCGAUUCCAAAUGCGUAUCCAUAAACGUGUAAUUGAUUUACAUUCACCAUCUGAAAUUGUUAAACAAAUUACAUCAAUUUCAAUUGAACCAGGUGUAGAAGUUGAAGUAACAAUCGCUGAUUCUUAAAUUAAGAAUCUUGAUUUCUGUCUUAACAAACGGAAAUAAAAUGUACAUUUUUUUUAUUGUAAUUUAAGAUUAAAAAAAAUGAAAAAUCAAUAAAAAAAAUUGUAAUAUUA